ACCGUGAAAUGCUUCCACUGUUAAACCGCAUACUUGUUUACAUUGUUGACGCAUGUUCAGUUGCCCUCCACUGCGCACACAGCAGGUAGCUUGCUGCUCUCAGCAGUGCGUGAGGGAGGAUUUCAAGGAGAGAUACAAAUCAUGGCGCUGAUUUUAAACAUCCUGUCGCCAAGGAGGUUAGGGAAGUUAAUUACAAACACACGUGUAAGGCACCACUCCAGUCUAACAACUGAACUUAUCAACAACAUGGACAAGAAAGCAACAUGGGACCGGUUCUACACAGAAAACAGCAAGGCAACCAACUUCAAGAAUUUUGAGUGGUUCUUUGGUUUCGACGCAAUCCGGGACUUCAUCUUGCCCAUGCUGCAUUCACAGACCAACUCUGAUGCCCUACAUGUUCUGGACAUGGGCUGUGGUACCUCUGCCCUAGGACCCUGCAUAUACAGAUACUCUCCCUGGCCAGUGCAGGUGACCUGCGCUGACAUCUCUGCUAUUGCUGUGCGCCUUAUGCAGGAACACACAGAAACCAAAGCCCUGCAACCUCAGAACACUUCCUCUAAGCUGGACUUCUUAGAACUGGACUGCUCUCAUCUCCACAAACACUUUGGUUCUGAGAGCCUAGACCUCAUUCUAGACAAGGGCACCAUAGAUGCCUUGCUAAGGUCGAGGGAAGGUGGAGCAAAGGCCAGCCAGGUGCUUAAGCAGUGCCUAAAGGUGUUGAGGGACUCUGGGUCUCUCUUUCAGUUCUCAGAUGAGGACCCUGAUGCCAGGAUGUUGUGGCUGGAGAAAGAGGGCCUGGAGCCAGGGGGGAUGGUUGCCGAUGUGGGGGUGCAGGAGGUGGGGGAGCUAAGGGGAGUAACUUAUUACUGCUACCAAGUUACAGCUCGUCCUGUAGCACAGUAGAUACAGUGAGGGAAAAAAGUUUAGAAAAGUCCCAUAGAAACUCUUUGGAGGGAGCUGAAGGUUCGAGUUGCCAAACGUCAGCCUCGAAACCUUAAUGACUUGGAGAAGAUCUGCAAAGAGGAGUGGGACAAAAUCCCUCCUGAGAUGUGAGCAAACCUGGUGGCCAACUACAAGAAACGUCUGACCUCUGAUUGCCAACAAGGGUUUUGCCACCAAGUACAAAGUCAUGUUUUACAGAGGGGUCAAAUACUUAUUUCCCUCAUUAAAAUGCAAAUCAAUUUAUAACAUUUGACAUGUUUUUCUGGAUAUUUUUGUUGUUAUUCUGUCUUUCACUGUUCAAAUAAACCUACCAUUAAAAUUA